ACUUCUCCAGUCAGUUUUAUUCAUCAGUGUUUUGAUUUCAGUGGAGUUCUAGGUAGAAAUACUAGUUUGUGUGGGUGAGUGAUGUCUCUGUAGGUCAGCAGGUGAUUCCUGAAAUAAUCUGCUAGUUUUUUCUUGGACACAGCUUUUACCAAGAGUAUCAUAUCAGGAUAUGGUGGUCUUCUUAGUAGCUGACAGUGGCACUGGAUGCACGGAUCAUGGAGGAUAAAACCCCUCCAGCCAUCAUGCAUCUACCACCUCCCGUCCCCAUAAAGACGUACCGCUGGGAGGAUCUACGACGAGCCCGAAUUCGAGGUGGCUAUCCAUGGACUCACCUAGACAAGCCUCCUCUAGAUAGCUCCGCGUGGAAAGAUAUGAGUGACCAUGAGUAUGAGCCCAUAGGAGCUCCACCUCCCAAGGUCCAGGAGUCACACAUAACAGAUGAAUUAGACCUUGGAACAGAUGAGGAGUUUGAUGCCAUCAAGGUGGCCGCCAAGUCUGAGACCAGCAGUACCAGCAGCCGAGAGCGUCGGUUUCUGCGCAUACCACUUGAUGAUGAGCUGGUGGUCCUCCCAGGUGAUGGUGAGGAUGAGGAUGAAGCCAUGGCCAUAAAGUCCAUGGAGGGUGAAACUGGAGAAGCAAAAGCAGCAGGAGUGGCAGAAGAAGCAGAGCAGAUGUCUGCCCACGAACUGCAGUCCCAGCUGGAAGACCGCUACUUCUCAGCUACACCGACCACCACCGAAUCACGCACGGACUGUGAUGUGAACACCAGCCAGCUGGACUCCUCGGGUCUGGAAGACAUUCCCCUCAAGCGAGAAGCCAGGAAGAAGCAACAGGAUGCCACCCCAGAUAAGCAGUCAGAGGUACCCACCUUUCAACAGAGACUUCGCUCACAGGCUGGGAGGAUCCACACAAAACUAAGGAGCAUCUCUAAGCCUAACAUCAAAUUUCCAGAGCGGCCAAAGUUCAACUUUCCAGAACGUCCAAAAUUUCACUUACCAGAACGCCCAAAAUUUAACUUGCCUGAACGGCCAAAGUUUUCUAUGCCAGAGCGCCCAAAGUUCAAUUUUCCACAGAUGCCAAGCUUCACCACAUCCAAGGAACGCAAGGCCCGAUCUCACCACACCAGCAGCACAAGGCGACCUCUACGUGAACGAUCACAGUUAUCAUCAGCAUCUACAACAUCAUCAGCAAAGAAGAAUAUUUUUGACUUUGAUUUCAAAUCUUAUCCUCGCAUCUUCGAUCGCAAGUCUCGGCGUGCUGAUUAUGCAACUUCAUCUCCAAAACCUUCGCGUGGACAAACUCCUCCUCCUCAGAUGCCAGCCAGGAAGAAGGGUCGCUGGCUACAGCGAUUCACAGACUUGAAGUACAUUGAUGAACCGAAUUUGCCCACCGGAGGUGAAGCUCAGAGUCAAACUGGAGAUGAUCUGGAAGGUGAAGAAUUCAGGGAAGACGUUGAUAUGGCAGAAGGUGCAGAAGGUUCUGAAUCAACAACAGCAUUCAGGGAUAAGGACUAUGGAUAUGCAGUGACUAUAGAUGACACACAGCAACCUACAGACACUGCAGAACAAAUCAGAGCAAGUUCUAGCAGUGUCCCUGAGUCAGACCGUGAGGCACGGUCUUCAGGCAGCUCCUCUCUCCGCCACCGAGCAGGUGUUCUUGAGGAAAUUGACUCAGAUGAGUUCUUCCUUCGUGAGAAGGGUCUGAGUCAAGAAGAUGUUGAUGUCGGUCGUUACCUAACCUCCGAGAUCCGCGAAGCAUUCCGUGCCCCUGUCAGUGCACUCUCACAGAUGGACAAUUUCGAAUAUUAUGACGAUGAGGAAGACAUUGAGAAUUUGGGUCAGCAGUACCGCAGUACUCCUGAGAGAGGGCCCACACGACCGGCGCGGACAAGGUCAUUUGGAACUCGUAAGAGAGCCAGUAAAAGCAAAGAACCAAGUCCAACUGAAGAAGGGGCCUCUUCACAGUUCUUCAAUACUUUCCCGCCUUUACGACCGAAAAGAAGUCGCCGACUUCAUCAGCAACGGCCUGAGAAUAUUGAAGAUGGAGAUGUCUCAAAAGAAAAAACAGAAGAAGGCUAUUUAGAAGAAAUGGAAGUGAAAGAGCUAGAUGAACCGAUCAUCUGUUCCAAGAAGGACAUUCCAUCUUUCACAGUUACUGAUGAAGAUGACAAAUUCAUGCACCAAUCGACAGAAGAGCUCAAGGAGCAUCUUUCACAUCCCUUAGAGGACCACUGGCAGACUGAGGAAAAUUCAGUUGCUGAGGUUCAACCACCAGUACCACCGAAGAGAAUACGGAGAAGCAGAAAAGAGCUCACUGCAGAUACUCUCUGUAAUGGGAAUUACACUAAAGAGGACUGGCUGGAGAAUUUUGAAGCAGAUAUUAUACCUACAGAAGAGGUGAUGGUGAUGCGAAUGGAACCAGAUUACAUAAUUCCAGCAGCUCCUCCUGAGGAAUUUGAGUUGCCUCCUGAGCCACCCAGAAGAGGACGCAGGAAGAGUUCCCAUGCCACGUCCCUUGUGGAUGAAGACCGCACUUCACGUGGAGCUUCAUCACUGCCCUCAGAGCAUGAACAUAUUGCUGAGGACCUUCCUUGUGAUCUUAGCCUCCCAGAAAUUCCAGGUUAUGCAGCAGUUGAGAAAACCAUCACCAAACCACGCCGUUCAAAAGCACUGCGUCCACUGGCUCCUGGUCGCCGCAAGAAAUCUAACAGUCAUCAACGCACCUAUCCACAUUUCUACUCACUUCCACACAGAUCCCCACCAAUUCGGCCACUGAGGAACUACAGCACUUUAGGCCCAUCACGCCCACCAAGGAAGCACAAAACUCUUGCAUUACAGGAUGUGGAACAUAAGAGCGAAUCCUACAUUGAGAUAGAUGACGAUAUCUUGGAGCCAUUAUCUCUUGGGAGUGCCCGUGACCUUCAGUCUGGUGAUAUUAUAGAAAGGAUGAAAGGGCGGCCACUCCCGCCUCCUCCACGACCCCCCAGAAAAGGUCGAGAAAGUCGAGAAAUGCAAGAGGAGGUUACAGGGAGCCAAGUAUCAAUGUACAGAGAUGAAAAAGAGAAAGAAGAAACUGAAGAGCCAUUUGAUGUCAGCACAGUGGAACCUCUGGGUGCCUUAAGUGACAUGAUCUUCUAUGCUCAUCCAGGAGUAACUUCAUAUGAUGAUGAAAAAUUGGAUGAACACCUUGGAACAGAAAAUGAAGAUUUACUGAAAUCUGAAAUAGAAAUGGAAGAGAGGGAACCAUCUCCUGUCUUAGAAGAAGGAGAAAUCAGGGAAACAUCACCAAUUUCAUUGGAAAUUCCAGUGGAAGAAGUGUCCGUGGCAACUCAAACAGACCCACUGCCAGAUGACAUCUGUGUAGUGACAAGGGAUGAAGACGUGCCAGUGAAUGCUGGCACGGAUUCCAUACGUUGGGAACCACUACCGUUGAAAACUUCUGAUUUUGGGCAGCAGACAAAUCCUGAACCUGUUUCCUCUCCAACAGUGAUAGAGAAACCCAUUCCAUAUUAUGUUAUGCCAGAUCCAGAUAUAGAGAUUGAACUGAAGGCUCAGAAGUUACAGGUAUCUGAGUUAGAUGUAGAAAGACUACAUGUGGGUGAGUUGCAGGCACAAAAAAUAUUGGUUUCUGAUAUUGAUGGCAUGUCAAUGCAGGUUGCUGAACUAACCAGUAGAUCAGGUAAUCUUGUGGUUAGUGGACUAGAACUUCCUCAAGGAUUUCUCCAAGAUCUCUACGACUCUCUCCCAAUCCCAACCCCUCCACAACAACCUCUUCAAACACCAGUACAAGCCCCAUCUACAAGCAUACCUCCCCCUCCUACACUCCAACCUCAUUCAGAUCCUCCUGCCAUGACUAUACCAUCCCAAACCCCCUCUGCCUUAAUGCCACCAUCCGAAGUUCCCACUACCGAGACACCGUUGUCCCAAGCACCCUCUGAAGCUGUACCACUUUCCCAAACAUCCCCUGAAUCCACAUCAAUUUCUCAAACUCUGCCUGAACCUUCCCAAGCUCCUGUUGAAGUCCUGUCUCCAAAAGUUACAUCUGUCCCUACGACUCCACAAGUUGCACCUGUCACUGCCCCCCAUUCUCAGUCUCAACAACUCCCCACAGUCCCUGUACAACAAACUAUACCACUCCAGUCUAUCAUAAAUCCUAACCUUACUACAAGUUUUGAUGGAUCUCAUUCUUACACACCAGACUAUAUCCCCUCUCAAGUUCCAGUGUCAGUUCGAAUUCCAUCCCACACACGUUCUCGUGUCCAACGAGAAUUAGAAUCGGAGGAGGAAAUUAUCAGUCUAAUGCACACUCCAUCAAACAGGCGGAGGCGUCACCAUCUCUCAAAACCUGUUUCCCGUUACAGUAGUGAUGAGGAAGAUGAAGAAGAGUACACUUCGUACCGUCCGCCCAGCAGACGUCAUCACUCCAGUUCACGAGGGACAGAACCAUCUAUUGGUGAACUCGGCUGUCAGUUAGUGCAUGCCUGUCAAGGUGUUACAAUGAGAGCCUUGUACCAAUUGGUGCAGUAUGUGGCACCACAGGUGCGUGAGGGGGAGGACAAGAGAAGGGACCUACAGAUCGCGCUGUGCAUUCUACUUGUGUUGGUUGCAGGACUCAUUCUGAUGGGUUAUGGUUCAGGAAAGACAUAUCACCACCACCACUGGGAUUACCACUUUCUCCCACCUCAUCCCUAGUAACAUCUGAGAACAUAAAUUUAUGAUCCAGCCACUGCACAAAAACAAUUUUUUUAUGGAAUUAGUUAUCAUUUUAUGUUCAUUAAGAAUACCUUAAUUUAAUGAUUAUCAUGAAAGAGAAACAGAAAAAGUUUCACACAUCUGUUACCUUAUUAAUGUGUAAAUAAAACAAAAUGUAUUGUUUCAA